UCUGUGGCAACCAGGGCCAGACGUCUGUCAGGUCGGGAGGACACGGGCAAGCGUGUGAGAGUGCGAAAGAUCAGAAGCAGCGAUUCGAAGAAGAGAAAGUCAGGAAACUAUCCGUCCUCAGCAUUAAAGUUAGUCCAGCUGUCCGUAGUUGAGUUUCGGGGGAACAGAAAGUCGGCACAAUGAUGAUGACCCAGGUGGAGACCACUGUGCACUAUGAUAACGGCUACGAGGAUGAGUACAUGAUGCAGGAGGAUGACUGGGACAGGGACAUGCUACUGGACCCUGCCUGGGAACAACAGCAGAGGAAAACCUUCACAGCCUGGUGUAACUCCCACCUGAGGAAAGCUGGUACUCAAAUUGAAAAUAUUGAGGAGGACUUCAGGAAUGGACUCAAACUCAUGCUGCUUCUGGAAGUUAUCUCAGGAGAGAGGUUACCCAAGCCAGACAGAGGAAAGAUGCGGUUUCAUAAGAUUGCUAACGUCAACAAAGCGUUGGACUUUAUCACAAGCAAAGGAGUGAAACUGGUCUCCAUUGGAGCUGAAGAGAUUGUGGAUGGUAAUGUAAAGAUGACUCUUGGAAUGAUCUGGACUAUCAUCCUCCGCUUCGCCAUUCAGGACAUUUCUGUGGAAGAAACAUCUGCCAAGGAGGGUCUCCUCCUGUGGUGUCAGAGAAAGACUGCCCCCUACAGGAAUGUCAAUGUCCAAAACUUCCAUGUCAGCUGGAAGGAUGGCCUGGCCUUCUGCGCCCUGAUUCAUAGACACAGACCCGACCUCCUCGACUACUCUAAGCUCAACAAGGAUGAUCCUCUGGGGAACCUGAACCUGGCUUUUGACAUAGCCGAGAAACACCUGGACAUUCCCAAAAUGCUGGACGCAGAAGAUAUCAUCAACACCCCCAAGCCUGAUGAAAGAGCUAUCAUGACCUACGUGUCCUGCUUUUACCAUGCUUUUGCUGGAGCUGAGCAGGCAGAGACGGCUGCCAACAGGAUCUGUAAGGUGCUCGGUGUAAACCAGGAGAAUGAGAAAAUGAUGGAGGAGUAUGAGAGACUGGCCAGUGAGCUGCUGGAGUGGAUCCGCCGCACCACUCCCUGGCUGGAGAACCGGACCCCAGAGAAGACCAUGGCGGAGAUGCAGCGGAAGCUGGAGGACUUCAGGGACUACAGACGCCAGCACAAGCCCCCUAAGGUGCAGGAGAAGUGCCAGCUGGAAAUUAACUUCAACACCCUGCAGACCAAGUUGCGCAUCAGCAAUCGGCCUGCCUUCAUGCCCUCUGAGGGGAAGAUGGUGUCUGACAUAGCCAGUGCAUGGCAGGGCCUGGAGCAGGCAGAGAAAGGCUAUGAGGAGUGGCUCCUUACAGAGAUCCGUAGGUUGGAGAGGCUGGACCAUCUGGCUGAAAAGUUUCGCCAAAAAGCCACCAAUCAUGAGACCUGGGCCAGUGGUAAAGAACUGAUCCUCUCCCAGAAGGACUAUGAAACAGCCACCCUGACAGAAAUCAGAGCAUUGCUUCGAAAACACGAGGCCUUUGAGAGUGACUUGGCAGCCCACCAGGACAGAGUGGAGCAGAUUGCCGCCAUUGCACAGGAACUUAAUGAGCUGGAUUACCACGACGUGGCUGCUGUGAACCAACGCUGUCAGAGCAUCUGUGACUUGUGGGACAAGCUGGGAACCCUGACUCAGAAGAGGAGAGAGGCUCUGGAGCGGACAGAAAAGCUGCUGGAGACUAUUGAUCAGUUGUUCUUGGAGUUUUCCAAGAGGUCAGCUCCUUUCAACAACUGGAUGGAUGGAGCCAUGGAGGAUCUGCAGGACAUGUUCAUAGUGCAUACUAUCGAAGAGGUCCAGAGUCUAAUCGCAGCUCAUGAGCAGUUCAAAGCUACUCUACCUGAGGCAGAUGCAGAGAGACAGGCCAUCUUGGGAAUCCACAAUGAGGUGCAGAAAAUUUCCCAGAGCUAUGGGAUCAAGGCCAACAUUAUCAACCCCUACAGCACCAUCACAAUUGAAGAGCUUCUCAACAAGUGGGAAAAGGUGAAGAAGCUGGUUCCUCAGAGAGAUGGUGCCCUCCAGGAGGAGAUGGCACGCCAGCAUGCCCAUGAAAGGCUGAGACGACAGUUUGCUGCCCAGGCUAAUCUCAUUGGACCCUGGAUACAGGCCAGGAUGGAGGAAAUUGGGCGCUGCUCCCUGGAGAUAGGAGGCACCCUAGAGGACCAGAUGACCCAGCUGAAGCAAUUUGAGCACAUCAUUGUUGCUUACAAGCCCAACAUCGACAAGUUGGAGGGAGACCACCAGCUAAUCCAAGAGUCGUUGGUGUUCGAUAACAAACACACCAACUACACUAUGGAGGUACCGGGCAGUGGCAAACGGUGUUACAAGACUAUGCACAUGCAUAGACAUGAACAGUGCAUGCAUCAUAUCCGUGUCGGGUGGGAGCUGCUCCUCACAACCAUCGCCCGAACCAUCAAUGAGAUUGAGACCCAGAUCCUGACCCGGGAUGCCAAAGGCAUCAGCCAGCAGCAGAUGAAUGAGUUCAGAUCCUCUUUCAACCACUUUGACAGGAAGAAGAAUGGAGCAAUGGACACUGAUGACUUCAGAGCUUGCCUCAUCUCCAUGGGUUAUGACUUGGGAGAGGUGGAGUUUGCCCGUAUAAUGAUGCUGGUGGAUGCCAAUGGCACUGGAAUCGUCUCUUUCCAGUCCUUCAUUGACUUUAUGACCAGAGAGACUGCUGAUACAGACACUGCCGAUCAGGUUGUGGCGUCCUUCCGGAUCCUGGCAACUGACAAGCCUUACAUACUAGUGGAGGAGCUGAGGAGAGAACUUCCCCCUGAACAAGCAGAGUAUUGCAUCACGAGGAUGCCGCCUUACACCGGCCAUGGAGCACCACCAGGGGCACUGGACUACACUGCCUUCUCCACUGCCCUCUAUGGAGAGAGCGACCUUUAACCCCACUGCCUUCCAUCUCUUGAUGAAUUUAAGGAAUCUAUAAGAAAGUUGGAUCAAAUGUGUUGAAUGAAUUGUUUGUGUGGCCAUACCAGUUUUUUGUUGAAUAGUUUUCUGACGCAUUAGACUGUCUGUAAUCAUGCUGAGCAUUGUCAUGUGUCUUGGUACUCUUGGGUAAAAGAUGCCCCCUAAACAAAUAGAAAUUGCCAUGUUCAAAUUAUAUUGUGAGAAACAAUGCAUUGUACAUUUUGUUAUAUUUGUGCAGAAAGUAGGGUUCUGUGAGCAAAGCUAGAGGUGAAAUUUAAUCCAUCAAAAAUACAGAAAGCUUGGUGGAUCAUGUUUCCAUAGUUUCAGUGGAAGAAAUUAGACAUGAAAGUCCUGUUUCGUCUAGCAAUGUCAUGUAUUAUCAUGUUUCCUCACACUGCCUUUGUUUUGGGAAUACAAUUGUCUGAUAAGGCAUUUUGAGAUGUUUUAAAGUGAGUUACAGGCUGCAAAAGCAAUUUUAGCCCUACUGCCAUCCAAAAAUAAACAGUGUAGAAAAUGGGUUCCCAAAAGGCCCAAAAUAUACAGUAUCAACAAAGGAAAAGUGGGAAACCACAUGAAUGCAAGAGUAAAUGUUUAAAAUAGCUCAGUGGCUUAAAGAACACAGUAGACUAAAUGGGCAGUAUUCAUGAGUAAUGUGUUUUAAGAUAAAACGUUUUCUCAGGCACCAACAACCAUGUUAAUGCUUACAUGCCCCUAGAAAUAAGUACAAUAAACUCCGACAAUAAGAAAAUAAAGAUUAUAUCAAGCUCAACAGGUUAAGUCCUUAUUGAUACCAGCCAAAGUGUCAAUUUUAGUAGUAUACAUCUAAAGCCUUCAAUUUGAGUUGGAGGUUUAAUUUUUUCCACAUUUUCUUUUGCUCUACGAGGCAGGCUGCAAGAGAUACAGAGGAUGCUGUCUGCAUUUGUGCUUUAUUAUACAUAUACAGUUUUGCCACUGUAUUGUAUGGCACACAUGACACCUCUGUGUUAUGGUUACAUGUUUUUGAUGUGUGUGUUAGAUUACUCUUUAACAUACAUAACUGUAGAAUCUUUUUAUAGAUAUUAUAUAUAAAGUAAUUGUGCUGACAUUUUUCUCUUUCCCCAAAUAUUUCUAAUGACAUGUAAGCACUUUCUCGCUUGUUCCUGCUCCAGGAAGUUUUGGUACCUUUAAUGUGUGUGCUGACUAAAUAUGUUUACUUUCGUAGUCAAGUUAUUUCCCUUUUUUUUUUGUCGACGCAUUUUUAGACCGAUUGUUAGUAGAAAUAUACGCUGAUUCCUGAUUUGUCCAUAUCACACAGCUGUUUGGCUACAUGUCACCUUUCAGUAAACUCAUGUUCUAUACUGUUUGAGCAUGAAAUGAAGAAAUAGUAUUUAAAGAAUGUCCAUACUGUCAUACACAAAUGGAGUAUUUAAAUAUACAGUCAAUGGCAAUGAUUUAACCGAAAUGUGCUUGUACAUGCUCAUAAUAUGUGAUGCUAACUCUAUGCACAUUACUCUCUGCUAAAACAAUCUUUAUGUAAUGCUCUUAAUGAAAAAGAAUGAUAAAUCAAACUUUUUGUGUACUUGAUUUCACACCCAUUUGCAAUUUGUGAACCCUGCAAGAGUGUUAAAAUACUGUGGAAGUAAUGGAAUUUUCUGUUGAGAGGAUCAUUGGCCACUUCACACAAACUGAACACAGGGUACUGGAGCACACUAUUAAUUUAAUGCUCAAUUUAAAUGCAAGCAGUCCCCUUUAAAAGAAAAGUUUAUUUUUACUGUAAAAAAUGAACAUUGCUUUAGUCACCACUGAUCUCUAAAGGUGCAAGAGAUGUUGGUUGUAUUUUGGUAGGAAAAUAAAGAUGCUCAGGCAGUACUGACACCUUAAAGACAUUUGCUGGCUCUGUUAUCAACAAAUUCAGUUAAACUUUGUACUUGAGGGUAAUGGAUUAAUUAAAUAAAGUGCUUGUGACUAAUUCAAA